CACUCUUACCCUCUCUCUCUCCUUCCCUGUAUCUGCUCUGUUAUGUUCUUUACUUCACUUCUUAGUGCUAACUUGCGCUCUGACCACUGCUUAUCCUGCUCACCCCGACGGAGAUAUGACGCCCGGAUUAGAACACAUGACAACAAUAUCAAGAUACAGGAUGGUCCAGUAGGGAAGAAAUAUUCCACAGCUGAAAUUGAGAGAUUCUAGAGGGACCCACAAACAAUGGACGGUAAUAAAACUCAGGCAAAACUUACAAGGACUCAAUCUUCACUCCUCCGGUCGCCUCCGACCAUCCGAUCUUCUAUCCACAGCAUGUCUUCGGUGAACGACAUCACACCUGAUGAAGAAGACAUAGAAGAACAGAAGCCCCACAAGCCCGGUUCAUCCCGGUUCACGCCGGGUCGUUCCGGUUCAUCCCGGUUCUUCCCGUUUCUGGGGAUAGCUAUACUUUCUUUGUAUAGCCUUUUUCUUUUCUUUCACCGGGAUGAUAUACCCACUUCUGAAAAUUUGCUCUUAGUUCUGAUUUUCUUCGCGGUUUUACUAUUUUUCGCCGGGAAAAACAAGGUUUUAAUUCACCGAAGCUUCAGUUUUGUGAAGCAAUUGUGCGACGAGUACUUAGGUAGACUUGGGUUUUCAAGAAACCACUCAAAACCGGUGCAGUGGUUCAUUGGUGAAUCGAAUUUGACCAAGAAAGAGCGAAAAUAUCGGAAAGAUAACAUAACUACAAAGGAAGGUGUGGUAUUUUACAGCAAUGGUGAUUUCUACGAGGGUGAGUUUCAUAAGGGGAGGCGUAAUGGGAGUGGAGUGUACAACUACUUUGUGAGUGGGAAGUAUGAGGGUGAUUGGAUUGAUGGCGGGUAUGAUGGGUUUGGGAUAGAGAGAUGGGCUAAAGGUAGCCGAUAUCGUGGGCAAUACCGGCAGGGUUUAAGGCAUGGUUAUGGGGUUUAUAAGUUCUAUACUGGGGAUAGUUAUGCUGGGGAGUGGUGUAAUGGGCAGAGUCAUGGUGUUGGAAUGCAGACUUGCUCUGAUGGGAGCUGUUACGUUGGAGAGUUUAAGUGUGGGGUCAAGCAUGGCCUCGGGUGUUACCAUUUCAGAAACGGGGAUGGAUAUGCUGGUGAGUAUUUUGGAGAUAAAAUCCAUGGAUUUGGGGUCUAUCACUUUGCUAAUGGUCACUAUUACAAGGGGUCAUGGCAUGAAGGCCGUAAGCAAGGCUAUGGCAUGUAUACCAUCCAAAACAGUGAUGCAAGAUGUGGUGAAUGGGACUGUGGGAACCUCACGACUCCCUUGCCCCCAUUAACAGAUAAGGUCCUUCGAGCAGUUCAGGCUGCUAGAAAGACAGCAGAGAAUGCUAUUCACCUUCGUCGGGUGGAUGAACAAGUAAACAAGGCAGUUGUGGCUGCAAACAAAGCGGCCACUGCUGCGAGAGUUACUGCGGUCAAAGCAGUUCAAAACAGGAUGGAUGGCAAAUUUUGCGAUACUAACAUCUAAAACACAAGCUCUGGCGAAUGUAAAUAUUUAGUUAAUUGCUAUGUAUUACGAAUGUGAACCACCCUGGUGAGCAAAAGAGCUAAUCGGAGGUUGAGAGAGUAUGUUUGAGGUCUAGUUGACCACACUGUAACUUGUACAUAAAUCCCUAUGUAUAUCAAUGGAAG